AUGGACGAGGUCCUAGGAACACAAGAGAAAGUCUGUCUGGGCCGAGGUGGGAGCAGGGUACUAUCACCAACCCCACUGAAAGUAGCUCAGAGAAAUUCAGUAGCUUGCCUCGAAAGGCAAGAGUUCUCGGACUCCACGCCUGGCACUGCCAUGCGUGUUCAGAAUCAGCCCCCAAACCCUCUUCUUUCCCAUCAUCCGUUUGCAAUAUCCGAAAACGAAUAGGAGGCAAGUGUGUCAUCAAGGCGGGCGCACCCUCGUGCAAACCCUGCCCAUCACCCCUUGAGAGCACCGCGUGGCCUCCGGGCGCCAAAGGCCGGCACGCAUGCGCAUGCCGAGGUGGGGCGCUUCCCAGGCUUCCGCCUCCCUGCCUUUGCAAAGUUACCUGGCCCUCGGCGGGGCGGAGUUGGGGAGUUACGGUCUGUGCGCGCGGGGCCCGCCCCUCUGCUCCUCCGGCACCUGUUGGCCUGAGGGGCCGGGGCUGCCAGCCAAUAGACAGUCUCCCUAAGGCUCUCUGGCCCCGCCCCCAAUGCCAAACCACCAAUCCCCGCGUUGCCGCUGCCCCAUGGCCCCGCCUUCUGCGUGCUUCUUCCGGGUGGGCUGAGGCGGGGUCCAAGGCCAUGGCGUUCUGGGCGCUGCUCAGCCCAGGGGUGCUGGUGCGGACAGGGCACACCGUGCUGACCUGGGGAAUAACUCUGGUGCUCUUCCUGCACGACACCGAGCUCCGCCAAUGGGAAGAGCAAGGGGAGCUGUUCCUGCCUCUCACCUUCCUGUUCCUGGUGCUGAGCUCCCUGCUGCUCUAUCUGGCUGUGUCACUCAUGGACCCCGGCUACGUGACUACCCAGCCUAAGCCUCAGGAGGAGCCCAAAGAGGAACAGAAAGCCAUGGUUCCUCAGGCCAUCCCACUUCGGCGCUGCAGAUACUGUUUGGUGCUGCAGCCCCUGCGAGCCCGGCACUGCCGUGACUGCCGCCGCUGUGUCCGCCGCUAUGACCACCACUGCCCCUGGAUGGAGAACUGUGUGGGUGAACGCAACCACCCGCUCUUCGUGGCCUUCCUGGCACUGCAGCUGGUGGUCCUCCUGUGGGGCCUGUGCCUGGCCUGCGAGGACCCCCUGGUGCCCCUACCCCAGGUCUGGCCUCCAUUUCUUCCAGCCCUGGGGCCUGUGGCUGCGGUCUACGGGGCUCCUGUUCGCCACCUUCCUGCUGCUUUCCUUCUUCUCCUUGGUAGUUGGCCUGCUCCUGGCCUCGCACCUCUACCUGGUGGCCAGCAAUGCCACUACCUGGGAGUUCAUAUCCUCACACCGAAUCGCGUACCUCCGCCAGCGCGCCAGCAACCCCUUCGACAGAGGUCUGACUCGAAACCUGGCCCACUUUUUCUGUGGUUGGCCCUCUGGGUCCUGGGAGACCCUCUGGGCUGA